AUGCCCAUCGAGACAACAUCACACAGAUAUCACAAACAACAAUUAGAAGAAGAGAGACAAUUUGUCAUAGCUGAAUUUAAUGGAAUACGUCAGUUUUUGGAACAACAAGAGCACUUUCUGCUGCUUAGAGUUAUUGAAAACUUAGAGAAGGGAAUAAUGUGGGAAAAGGCUAAACAUGCAGCCGUCUUAUUCCGGGAAGUCUCAACUUUUGAUGAACUUAUCCAGACAGUCAAGGAGAAGUGCCAACAAUCAGCAGUUGAGCUUCUGCAGGUGGUCCUUGGGGCACAUCCCUUAAACCUUAACCAACUUUACUGCAAUCCAGUACACAUUGAGGACAUUCCAAAAAGGAGGACUUUUUCCUACAUGGAUCUAAUUGUGGCACCAAAUGUGACUCUGGAUCCGGACACAGCUCAUCCCAGGAUCAUCCUCUCAGAAGAUCUUAAAAGCUGCUGGAUGGGAACAAAAAGCCAAAAACUCGUCCAGGACAACAGGAGAUUUGACCACAUGAUGUGUGUGUUGGGGCGCGAGAGGUUCGUCACCGGCAGGCAUUAUUGGGAAGUUGCUGUGGAAAACGAGGGCGACUGGGGUGUUGGAGUUGCCCGAAGUUCAGUGAAGAGAAAGGGUGUUAAGGCCCUUUGUAAAAUGGAAGGGAUCUGGGCAAUGACAAAGCGUUAUGGCAGCUUGUGGGAGUACAUAAACCCCCCAGCGUUAAUCUCUGAGCCAAUACAUUGGGAGAUCAAGAAGAUUCGAGUCUCCCUGAACUACCAUGGAGGCCGAGUGGCUUUUUGUGAUGGCGAGAGAGGAAACCUGCUCCAUGCCUUCUCACAACUGGUAGAAGCAGAGAAAAAGAAAGUGAUGGAUGGAUUUGGUCUUCUGCGCCAACUUGUAAUAGAACAAAACACCCUCUGGCUUAGUAAGGUUGAAGGGGUAAAGACAGAGAUCACCUUGAAAACAAAUGAUCAGAUGGCUGUCAUCUCCAGGGAACUGUUCGUUCUUGAUUACAUCAUCCAGGACAUGGUUGAGAAAUGUGAUCAGCCAGUCUUGGAAUUCCUAGAGCCUAGAACUGUGAUUGAUAACUUAGGACAUUUUGGAGGGAUGGAAGUCUGA